AUGUCUACCCCAGUUACCCGCCUUAUACCGGCGUCUUCACGUACUCUUCUCCUCACUCUCGACGCGUUCGGCACCCUCUUCCACCCGCGUCUCCCCAUCCCAGAGCAAUAUGCCGCAACCGCAUACGAAUUCGGAUUAUCGCGCACUACCGUCACCCCGGACAAACUCCAACCCGCAUUCAAGGCUGCGUUUCGUGCACAGAUGCAGCAAUACCCGAAUUACGGUCGCACGGAUGUUCUUCGAGGCCAAUACGGGGGGCCGAGGCAGUGGUGGGAGGAGGUGAUUAGGGGGAGUUUCAGGCGUGUUUUGUCUACAGGGGACGUGGAGAAGCAUUCUGAAGACUCCAAAGACCAUAUCCCCGAUGGCAUGGUGGAAGCCCUAUUAGAUCGAUUUGCUGGCCCGGAGGGGUACGCGCUCUAUGACGAUGUGCUACCCUUCUUCCGCCGAAUGCGAAAGCUCAAGUCUGCUCAUAAGUGGUCGUUUGAUAGGAUCAUUGUCGGGGUGAUAUCCAACUCGGAUGACCGUGUCGCCGCUGUGCUGAAGUCGCUGGGGUUAACAGUCGGUCAGAUGCGCGCCGACCAGGACCAAUCGAGUAUGGAUCUUCCCGGAUUCGAGGGGCGAGAUAUGAACAAAGAUGCCGCCGGGGAACACAACCGAGAUCCUACAGACCGUAACUUGGAACUUGAUAUUGAUAUGGUCAUUACGAGUUAUGAGGCUGGCCAAGAGAAACCUGAUCGCUUGAUCUUUGACGUGACGAGACGGCAGGCUCUCAAGGUCGCCCGCCCAUGGCUGACCAGCAGAACAAAAUUUAUCUCUGUGCAUGUCGGGGAUGAUCUUGAAAAGGAUUACCGAGCUGCAAGGGAUGCAGGCUGGGAGAGCUACUGGCUUCCUCGAGAUUCUCUUGCUACCGAGGACUUCAAAGCGAAGCAACUCCAAGAUCUCUUGAAGUUGGCUGAUAAAUUGGAGCUUUUCCCAUAA